AUGCCACCACCACCAACGCCACACCGAACACCCCUCCGUCGCGUCUCUCAAGGCUCACUCUUCCGUCUCUCUCGUUCAGACCAGGCCGAUCCGUCUGCGCCCUACGGACUGGGGUUUCUUGAUCCUGCACUUGCAGAACUAGCUGACGAGGCAGAAGCGCUAUAUUCUAAUGUCGAAGGGCUGAAGCAGCUGGGAGCCUCGUUGGAGGAGUUUAAUGAGAGUUUUGCGAGUUGGUUAUAUGUGAUGAACAUGAAUGCUUUGACGGUAGACUGGCCACAGGUGCGCCCCGACCGAGGCUUCGUUCGAGUUGGCGAAACGAAGAGCAGGUACAAAGACGCGCGAGCUGCUCUCUCAGCUCUACAGUCGCCUAGCCCUGAGAAAACCACGACCGAAACACUCGGGGAUACGACAAUAGGAGACACCACCAUGGCGGAGACUACUCUCCAGUCGGGGACGAAGUCUGCUACAAAGAUAAUGAAGAAGAAGGGCAAGCCAAAGAUGACUGCGAAAGAGAAGAAGGAACGUUCGAUCCUGGUUGACAAGGCAGUCUCGUGUUUGCCGCUCGAAUUUCGUGGUAGCGAUCCUGGCCUACGUCGAAAUAUUGAUACUAUCGUUGAACACCUCAUGGACAACGAAGGACGUGGUGUCAAGAUUCUCGAUCUUAUCAGACCCGAUUGCAACCAAGCUCGCGUCAACAAAUGUCUCAUCGCGCUCGUCAACCGUAAGAUCGUUCUAAAGGAGAACAGCACGGGGACUGUAUUAUACCAUUGGCAAGGCAUUCCCUGA